AACUUAUUAUUAAAAUAAGAAAUCAAAAUCAAAACCCAUCCCGUUCUCCGACCACAUCUACCGUCACAGUUGCAGAAUUCAUUCCAUCACCGCCCAUCGCCUUGUCUGACCAGACCAACCAAGAAUUUACUUACCGAAAACGACGAUUUUGAAAUUGAGAUUUCGGAGUGAAAUCGAGAUCGAGAUUGUUGAGUGAAAACGACGAAUCAAAUUUCUCAGUUAACAUUUCGGAGCUUCUUUCUGGCGUCGAGAAAAAAAUGGCGCUCAACAAUUAACGAGAGAAGAGAGAGAGAGGGAGAGAGAGAGAGAGAGAGAGAGAGGGAGGGAUUGAAGAAAUAGCAUUGAAACCCUUUUAAGUGCCGAUGAUGAAGGUAGCAACGCUGUCCUCUCGCACUUCAGCCUUUGGCAUUCUUCCAACUGAUCUUUUCUUCCUCCUUUAGCAUCUUUAUCCACUUCCACUUCUUCUUCCUGCAACUUAAUUAUUGUUGAUUGGGAGAAGACAACGAUGUGGUUUUCCUUUUGGAGAUCCAGAGAUCGAUUCUCCUUGGACGAACUCAGAUAUUUGACUGAUCAGCUCCAGAAAGUUCAAAUUGUAAAUGAGGUUAAUAAGGAUUUUGUCAUUGAGGCACUAAGAUCGAUAGCAGAGUUGAUAACUUAUGGUGAUCAGCAUGACUCAAACUUCUUUGAAUAUUUUAUGGAGAAGCAAGUCAUGGGGGAGUUUGUACGAAUACUAAAGAUUAGCAGAGCGGUGACUGUUUCACUUCAAUUACUGCAGACAAUGAGCAUUAUGAUUCAGAAUCUUAAAUCUGAACAUGCAAUAUAUUACAUGUUUAGCAAUGAACACAUUAACUUCUUAAUUACUUACUCAUUUGACUUUCGCAAUGAGGAGCUGUUGUCUUACUACAUUUCAUUCUUAAGAGCAAUAAGUGGAAAGUUGAACAAGAAUACUAUUUCUCUACUUGUUAAGACUCAAAAUGAAGAAGUAGUUUCUUUUCCACUUUAUGUUGAGGCAAUACGGUUUGCUUUCCAUGAAGAGAGUAUGGUUCGGACUGCAGUACGUGCUUUGACAUUAAAUGUUUAUCAUGUCGGAGAUGAAUCUGUGAAUAGAUUUGUUGCCAAAGCUCCUCAUUCUGAUUAUUUUUCAAACUUGGUGACAUUUUUUCGGAAGCAAUGCAUUGAUCUAAACGGAUUGGUCUCUGAAGCUCUAAAAAAUCCAGACACAGAUGCAACAACAGCGAUUCUUGCCGCAGUGGAUGAAAUUGAGGACAAGCUCUACUAUUUCAGUGACGUUAUUUCUGCUGGGAUUCCUGAUGUUGGAAGGUUAAUAACAGAUGACAUGUUGCAAGUUUUGAUACUUCCAUUGCUUCUUCCAUCUUUGCGCUUGGACACUGUUAAUGAAAAACAGAUUGAUGCUAUCACUUCUCUUUAUCUACUUUGUUCCAUCUUACGCAUAGUUAAAAUGAAGGAUUUGGCAAAUACGAUUGCAACUGCUCUCUUCUGUCCACCAGAGCUCUUCAUUCCAAAAACCGAAGCUAAGCUUAAUGGUCAUGUGUCUGAUCACAGUAACAUGAAUGACACCCUAAAGUUGGAAAGUGAUAGUACGGGUAAGGUUGAUGGUUGUCUGAAAGUGACUUUGCCAAACUCGACUAGUUCUUCACACGUUAAUCCUGAAGAUGCUGUCAUGCAAAAUGAUUGUAGUAGUUCACACAGGAGCUUGAGGGAUGCCUUGCUUUCUUACAUAACCAAUGGUGAUGACCUACAAGUUAUGGGCUCUUUAAGUGUGCUAGCAACACUGUUGCAAACAAAAGAAUUAGACGAAACAAUGCUAGAUGCUCUUGGCAUUCUGCCUCAGCGUAAGCAACAUAAGAAACUAUUACUGCAAGCAUUGGUUGGUGAGGGUUCGGGUGAAGAUCAACUUUUUGCUUCAGAACUUGGCUCUAGUAGAUACGCUUUCAGUAGUGAGCUUGACAGCUAUCUACAAAAAUUGAAGGAGCAGUAUGGAGGAUUAUGCUAUUUUCCAGAGGUGGGAACGAGCCCUCGUGUGCAUAGGUAUCAGGUGCUUGAUGCGUUGGUCAGUCUUUUUUGCCGCUCAGAUAUAUCUGCAGAGACAUUGUGGGAUGGUGGUUGGCUCUUGCGUCAGCUGCUCCCAUAUAGUGAAGCGGAGUUCAAUAACCAGCAUAUGAAGGAUUCAUACAAGAAUUGCACUAGUGCUGUUAUAGAGGAGACCAGAGGUACCUGGCCUGAUCUACUUCUGACAGUCCUAUGUGAUGAAUGGAAAAAGUGCAAAAGAGCAAUUGAAGCUUCAUCCCCUCGCAAAGAACCAAAGUACAUACUCUUGCUGUUACAGAAGUCUUCUUGUGAUGAUUUACUUCCUUGCGAAUCAUCAAUUAUUGCUGGUGAAAGACUCUGCGAGUUGGUGAAGGUGUUUGUACUUCUUCAUCAACUUCAAAUUUUUUCCCUUGGUAGGCCUUUGCCUGAGCAGCCUCCAAUGUCUCUUCCAAUUGAUGCCCCUGAGAACUCCCGGGCUAGAACUGCUGGCAUGGACAAUUCAGGUCCAAAACUUGGCGCUGAGUUGAAACUUGUUGAUGCCGUGCCUUGUAGGAUUGCAUUUGAGAGGGGCAAAGAACGUCAUUUUUGCUUCCUAGCAGUUUCUAUGGGCACAUCUGGGUGGAUCCUCCUUGUAGAAGAAUUGCCACUGAAGCAUCAGUAUGGAACCGUCCGUCUUAUGGCUCCUUUGGCUGGUUCCAAUCCUAGAGUUGAUGACAAGCAUUCAAGAUGGCUACACUUGCGCAUUCGGCCAUCUUCUCUACCCUUUUCUGAUCCUACUAAAUCUAUAACCACCAGAAAGACAAAAGCUUUGGUUGAUGGGAGAUGGACCUUAGCAUUCAGGAAUGAAGAAUCUUGCAAGAUUGCUUUGUCUAUGAUCCUCGAAGAGAUUAAUCUGCUAAGGAAUGAGGUUGAGAGAAGAUUAAAAUCAUUGCUCGAUAUUCAAGGGGCUGUAGAUAGUUCACACCAAUCUUUACAUCAUUCUGAGGCUUUAUCUUCAAGUGCUACACCUUCCAAUUGAUUGUAAAUUUUUGUAUUUGGUUUUGAGUUUUCCAAUGACAGUUUGCUAUAUGCUUUGGGUGGGAAUAUUUUUUAUGCCUAAUCACCCUUUUGUAUAUGAUUAUAAAGCCAUAUUAGGUAUAUAUAUAUAUAUAUAUAUAUAUAUAUAAUCCAAGAUGUAGAUUAGCACCCCAGCUUAGUGCUCAUUCUUUGUACUUUAGGUUCUUUUGCUGUGAUUUAUUAGUUUAGCGGAGGAUAUAUUCUCCCUUAUAGCUGUUCUGACAGUAGGUUUUCGCUUCUUCUUUUUCUCUUUUUCUCUUUUUUCUCCUUAUGUUGUAGUCUGUGUAACAUAAAUGUAUAUUUGAGCCAAUUUCAUAGUAAAAGCUUUUGGAACACUGCUUUCACAAAA